AGAGAGAGAAGGGGGAGGGUGAUUAAUGCAGGGAAAGACGAUCUCAGUAUCCUAGUCCCUUGCCCACUCCUAGUCUCUGCAGUUAAUUGUGGACAUGCAAUCAGAGAGUGGUGUGUUCCAGACUGUUCUAUGGUUGUCUAGCUUCCUUCUGCUUUGAAAUAAUCAGUGUUGCCUAAUUUAAGAACAUGAUAAAUUUCACUGGCUUCAAGUUAACUGAGAUUAACUGAGUCAAGAUUAUAAAAUCUUCCUGUGUCUUCUUGUUUCAGAACAAACUCUGUUCCAAGCGUCACUGGUUCAACAUAUCUCCUAAUUCAGUCCAGAUCAAUCUGUUUAUGUGAAGACUUUGCUGUUUAUGUGAUAUGUAUGAUGGAACAUCUUGUAUGAUGAAAAUUAGAACAAAAAAGCAAUGGCAAAGAACCUUAUAGUAAACGAUAUAUGGAGAAAAUGGAAAAAUUUGCCUCACAGAAGUGGAUAUAUGCAGUGAUUUGAGGUUCAAUUAGAGACUAUAAACGUUGGUAUAUUUUUGACAAGCGUUUACAGUUUUUUGACAAUUAAUCCAUUUCUCAUCAUUAUCUACAAUCACCAAAGAAGCAAAGAAAACAAAGUUGACAAAUACAUAAUUGCAGAAUAAGGAGAUGGAUGGUCCAGCAUUAGGCCACCACCUUCUCUCUCUCUGUGGGAUCUUUCUUCUGUGUCUUUUGGUGGUGAAAGCUCAGAAUGACACAGAGCCCAUUGUACUGGAGGGGAAGUGUUUAGUAGUGUGUGACUCCACUCCAGCUGUAGAACCAGGAGGUAAUGCACUGGGAAUGUCAAUUCGCUCAGGUACAGGGCGCGUUGCUUUUUCAGCCAUCAGAAACACUAACCAUGAACCAUCAGAAAUGAGCAACCGGACAAUGACUAUUUAUUUUGAUCAGGUCUUAGUAAACAUUGGCAGCCAUUUUGACCCUGCACGGAGCAUCUUCCUGGCACCUAGAAAAGGGGUGUACAGCUUCAGCUUCCACGUGGUCAAAGUUUACAAUAGACAGACAAUACAGGUAAGCUUGGUGUUGAAUGGUUGGCCAGUGAUCUCAGCCUUUGCAGGGGACCAGGAUGUGACACGUGAGGCAGCAACCAAUGCCGGACUGGUUACCAUGGAGAGAGGAGACAAGGCCUACCUCAAACUUGAGCGGGGAAACCUGAUGGGUGGCUGGAAGUAUUCAACGUUUUCUGGAUUUCUUGUUUUCCCAUUAUAGAAGGCUUUUUUUAAGAAACUGUUUUGUUUUCAGUCUCUU